CUUAGUUCUCAAGUUAAAAGGAGAAAAACUGUUCAGCCUUGCGUGAAAAUGGAAACAGAAAGCUAAGAACUUUGAUGGGAGGAGCCUUAAAAUCCUCUGUUAAUUUUACCCCUUUCCUUCCCAAAAUUUAGCAGCCAGUUGAACAGCAAGAGCUAGUCAAGUGUCCAAGUGACACUAGCCAGUGACACUCUUUCCUUAUUAUCUUUCAAAACCUCUUCUGUCCCAUCAUUAAUAAAUGAAGAGCUUUACCUGAUAUAUUUUUCCACCUUCACAAGACAAAUAGUCAACCUUGAAGCUUUGACUCAAGGAGUAGUCUGCUGUGGAAAGAUUUCAGUGAGGCUGAUCCCAAAGUUGUGAGAUGGAGAGUAAAUACAAGGAAAUCCUGUUAUUGACUGGCCUGGAUAAUGUCACUGAUGAGGAACUGGGUCGAUUUAAGUUCUUACUUCCAGAUGAGUUUAAAAUCCCCACAGCAGAACUAAAAAAUGCCAAUAGGACGGAGUUAGCGAACUUGAUGAUUCAAAACGUUGGUGUAGUCUCUGCGAUGAAGACGACCAUAUGUAUUUUCCAGAAGCUGAAAUAUAUGCAGCUGGCAAAAACUCUUCAGGAAGAGAAGGAGAAAGUCGAUAAGAAAUACAACGAGAAAAAAGAAACAAAGCUAGUGAAAAAGAAAAGUCAAACUGAAAUGAGCCCUGGUGCCUCUGCAGCUCCCAGAAAUAGUGGCAUGGAGCAACACACUGUACCUUCUUUACUCAAGCUGUUGUCUUUCUUCUGUUGUCUUCAACCUGAGCAGAAACAGAUCGUGGCCCAGCAGGAAUCUGUCAGGGAAGAAGGGUUGCAGAAAGGCCCUAUGACCAUCAUGGUGCUGAAAGCAAUGAAGCUGUUCAAAUUUGAGACCCGAGAAGGGGAGCAAGAGAUGUUUCAUGCUACGGUGGCUACUGAGAGUGAAUUCUUUUUUGUAAAAGUUUUCAACAAAGAGCUAAAAGAUAAAUUCAUUCCAAAGAAAAUAAUUAUAAUAUCCAAAUAUUAUUGGCGCACUCAUUUCCUGGAAGUGAAUAGUGCCUCACUUGUGGUUGAUGCCAGAUCUGACCAACAGAUCAGUGUCCCACAGCACAUUAUCAAAAAAGCUGGUAAAACCCCAGCCAUCAAUGAGCUUCAAACUCAGCCCCUUGGAACAAUUGUGAAUGGGCUGUUUGUAGUCCAGAAGAAAACAGAACGGAAGACUCGUAUAUUAUUGGAAGUAAACGACAAGACAGGGAGGAUGGAAGUAUUGGUGCUUGGAAAACAGAAUAAAAUCGAAUGUGAAGAAGGGGAUAAACUUCGCCUUACGUUCUUUGAGAUAUCAAAAACUGGAGAAAAACUACAGGUGAAAUCUGGAAUUCACAGUUCCUUUAAGGUUAUUAAGGCAAAAAAACUGAAAUGA